GUGUUUUCCCGGUGUUCAUUCUCAAUGCAUAAUACUCUUAUGUGUUUUAUGAAAAAUUUAUUGUUUUAAUGAAUAAUUAGGUUGAUACGAAAGCCAUACAUCAAGCUGUAUUAGAUAAGAUAAGAAAGAAGUUAGCUGAACAACGAUUCCAAGGUAACAGUGUGCAGUGGACGGCCAAGAUCAAAGUGCGUUAAAUAUCUACUAGAUAUCGAAUAUCUACGACGUUUUUUACGAAACUAUUGUAUAAUCAAACCAUGUCAGCUGGUAAAUUUGGUGAAUUAAUCGGUGCCAUCGAUGAGGGCACUAGUUCGGCAAGAUUCAUUCUCUUCCGGACAGAGACCGCUGAAAUCAUAUGCUUUCAUCAAAAGGAAUUGCGGCAAAUCUAUCCUCAGGAAGGAUGGGUCGAACAGGACCCGAAGGAAAUUCUGAAUGUUGUUUUGGAAUGCAUCCAAAAAACACUUGAUAAACUGCAGGAGCUUGGUGGAAGUGUAGAAGACAUCUCUGCGAUUGGAGUAACUAAUCAACGCGAAACUACAAUAGUGUGGGACAAAACUACUGGCGAACCAUUGUAUAAUGCUAUUGUUUGGCUUGAUAUGCGGACGUCCUCCACAGUCGAUCAACUGCUAGAGACUGUACCGAAUCAAACGCGAAAUAAGAAUUAUCUGAAACCGCUCUGCGGGCUGCCGUUAUCACCUUACUUUUCCGCCGUAAAGCUUCGCUGGCUAAUCGAUAAUGUACCAAAGGUUAAAGCAGCUAUUAAGAGUAAAACUUGCAUGUUCGGAACGGUGGAUACGUGGUUGAUUUGGAACAUGACCGGCGGUUCGAACGGGGGUUCGCACGUUACUGAUGUGACCAAUGCAUCGCGCACAAUGCUGAUGAACAUCGAAACUCUUCGCUGGGAUAGAACGCUGGGCAGGUUUUUUGAUAUACCUUUUGAGAUUUUACCCGACAUCCGAUCAAGUUCUGAGGUUUACGGUAUGAUAAAAAUGGACAUUUUACUUAACGUACCAAUUGCUGGUUGUCUCGGUGAUCAGCAAGCUGCCCUGGUAGGCCAGGAAUGUUUAAGUCGCGGCAAAGCAAAAGCAACUUAUGGGACAGGUUGCUUCCUGUUGUACAAUACCGGAAAUGCUUUGAUCGAAUCGACCCACGGGCUCAUCACGACGGUAGCCUAUCAAAUGGGUCCCGACGAACCGCCGACCUACGCUCUUGAGGGAUCUGUAGCUGUCGCAGGGGCCGCUCUGGGUUGGCUGCGUGACAAUAUGGAACUAUUGAACACCGCAAAAGAGUCCGAACAGUUAGCUAUGUCUGUACCGAAUAACGGCGACGUGUACUUUGUGCCGGCUUUCAGUGGGCUAUAUGCGCCCUAUUGGAAUCAGGAAGCUCGGGGGGUGAUUUGCGGCAUCGGAGAAGAUACGCAACGAGGACAUAUAGUUCGCGCUAGUCUCGAGGCGGUCUGCUUUCAGGUGCGGGAUAUUCUGGAUGCAAUGAACAAGGACUGUGGGUUCCCACUGGUGAAGCUUAAGGUCGACGGUGGAAUGACCGUAAAUACGCUCCUAAUGCAGUGGCAAGCUGACCUGAUCGGGCUGGAAGUGCAGCGACCGGUCGUGGUGGAAACAACGGCACUGGGUGCUGCUAUGGCAGCAGGACGAGGUAUUGGCUGCUGGGACGUAGCUAAUGUAAGCGUUGCGAGCAACUGCAUCUCGUUCAGACCGCAAAUUUCGGAAGACGAACGAGACAUGCGAUACAAGAAAUGGAAAAUGGCUGUCGAACGAUCUUUUGGUUGGGAAGAAACGACUAUAAAUUAAGAUUGUUUAUAUUGUUCAGUUGAAAAAUAUUCGGUUUAUCUUAGGUAUUAAAACAUUUUCUAUUUUCCAAAUAACACUUUUUAUUGACUUUCCAUGUAAAUAGAAUAAGAGUUAUUGCGUAAAAACGAAUGGAGGACAAAUUAGGAGGAUUUAAGUUUUAUUUGCAAACCUGUGUAUCAUCGCGUUAUGUAAUAAGAAGUAUAUUGUUAAAUAAUGUAGAACGUUCCGGUUGGCUAUUCAAAAUAAAAAACGAUAAAUUUAUU